UGUCAAUCAUCCUUCAUUCUAAUGAUUUCAAUUCGAUUAACUGCAGUACUCUUUAUACUUUAUGUUUUUUUAUCUGUAUCAAUCAUCAUCCUAUGCAAAUAACCAGAAUAACAACAUUAUUAAAUUGAAGCAAAAAUUAAUGAUACACUUUUCAACAUUCUGGUAAAUAUCAGCGAAAGACUUUUGAUUAUUUAGUAACAUCAAGAUGGAUAUGAAUGCAGAAUUAGAGAGGGAUGAUGGGAGCGAAAGCGGAGAACCAUCAAUAGCUGGUAGUUCAGCUGCAAGCGUUUAUUGUAAUUUGGAACGAGACUAUGCAAAACUAUUGAAUGAGAUGAAGAGCAACGAGGCUUUAGCAACGUACGAAGCUGAGUACACUCGUUUGUACGAAUCUUUUUACCAAUGUCGACAAGAAGAAGCAGAACUGAUGGAAAAACUCCGUCAAUUGCAGGAAGAUUUAAUUAAUAAAACAAAUCGAAUAAAUGAACUUGAAAAAACAAUAGAAACUCAGACAAGAAUUAUUGCAAAAUUGAACCAGGACAUAGUUGACACAUCAAAGCUUGCAAAUUCAGCUCAUAUUCGUGAACAAAAUUCUCAAGAAGUCAUACAAAAUCUUAGACUUACUAUUGCUAAAUUGAGUCAAGAAGUCGAACAUCAGAAUAAACAGCUAGUCAUGGACGAAAAAGGUACAGAAUCAAAGCAAAAAGAAAGUUCAAUGAAAGAAAGGGAACGAAUGGUUAAUGAAAUUGAAACUCUCAAAGAAAAAAUAAAAAGUAUCACUAUUUAUAAUAAAGAAUUGGAAAAGAAAAUGAAUGAAGUAGACGACCAGUUGAAUAAGAUGCAAGAAAAUAUGGCAAUUCAAAUGAAUGAGAUAUCGAAGGAGCGAUUAAUGCGCAAUCAAGUAGAAAAUGAAUUAUUAGAACUAGAAGAGGAGCUUAAAUUAAAAAAUACUCAACUGCAGUCAGCAAACGCAGUAGCAAAAACGACCACAAAUACUUUAAACCGGGUUGAAAAUUCGUUACGAGAGCAAAAAAAUACAAAUGAUAAAUUACGGAAAGAAGUGAAUAAAUUGUCAGUGGAUCGAAUGAACCUUCAAAGUGAGUUAGACAAUGCGAGCAAACAAGUCAGUGAAAUGGAAAAGGUGUUGAGAGAAAAAAGUAAAGACUAUAAAUUACUGGUGCAAGAAGCUAAAAGAUUAAAAGAAGAACUCUCUAAAUGUAAAGCUGAGAAUGAUUGGACCGCCAACAAGUAUGCUAGGAUCGACAAAGCGCAAGUACAAAUGGAAAAAGAUCUCGAGUAUGCUAGACACGCUUUGAAAAAUGCCGAGAUCAAAAUAGGUGCACAUCAACGUCAGAUAGCCGAAGAGAAAAAGUCUGCUGAGUGUGCAAUUCGAGAGAAAAAUAAUAUUCUUAAAAUGGUUGACAGUUUAAAAAAUCAUGUUAAUAAAACGGAACAGACAUUGUUUAUCUCAGAACAAAGUAAACGAAAAAUUGAGCUUGAACUCGAGGAAAUGAAGCAAAUAAAUGUUGCGGCAAAUAGUAAAGUAGUCGCUUUUGAAAAAGAGAAAAAUAAAUUUUGCGAACAAAUCCACGAAUUGAAGCUACAGGUGGAUGAUUUUGCUGAUAAGAUCAGAAUUAAAGAAAUAGAAACGUUUAAUUAUACCAAAGAGUUAACUGAAUUUAAAAAUAAAUUCCAACAACAACAAAAUUUAUUAGAAAGUACUAGAGCUGAGAGAAAUACUUGUUAUAAAAAUUUUAUAGCAGCUAAAAAUGAAGUAAAUGAAUUAAGAAAUACAUUAGCAGUUAUGAAUAAUCAAUUAGAAAAACUAAAAGAUGAAGUAGCAACCAAGCAGAGUAAUAUUAUGAAGAAAGAGUUUUGGUUGAAAAAGGUGCAAAAGGAGAAAGACACAGCUAGUCUAAAAUUGCAGUCAGCGCAAAAAAAUAUCGUUGAAUUAAGACAAAUAAUAGAAGAUGCGGAUAAAGAACAAAAGCAGUUGUGGAAAAAUAUAAAAGUGUCUGAUCUUGAAGUUAAUCGUUAUAAAAAAGACAUUAAUAAUAUAAUGAAUGAGCGAGAUGUAUUGGGUACCCAACUUGUCCGCAGAAAUGAUGAGUUAAAUCUGCAACAUAGCAAGAUAAAAGUUUUGCAAGAAACUUUGCAAAAAGGUGAAAGUGAAUUUAUGAAAAAAUUUCAAGAUAUUAGAUUACUUAAAUUGGAGAUUAAUAAAUUAUACUCAGAGAAAGCUUUGUUAACAAAAAAUCUUAAUAAUAUGAGUAAUUUCCGCCAUGAAAUAUUUCAAUUAAAUCGCGAUUUAACACGAGAGAGGCUAAAGGUUAUGGCUCUUGAAGAUGAACUCCAGAACCCGCUAAAUAUUCAUCGAUGGAGAAAACUAGAAGAUUCCAAUCCGGAUACUCUACACUUAUUGAAAAAAACUAAACUCCUGCAAAAACGAAUACUAAAAAUGAAUAGCAACCUGCUUGCAAAAAAUAGAAGAAUACAGGAAAUGGAAAAGUUGUGUAUGAAUUUGAGACAACUAUUUUUAAAACAACCUGGUCCUGAAUUAACAACCAAAUUAAUUAAAACAAAAAAAAUCUUACAGUGUAAAGAUAAUAAAUUGAAGUGUUUAACUGCUGAAUUGAAUAUGUGGGAAUAUCGAACGAGUGAAUAUAAGUUUGAGCUGGAGAAGAUGACGAAGGAAAUGUGUGAGAUCAAAAUCAAAUAUUAUGAUUUAAAACAAAAAAAUCCAACAUCAUCUAAGAAAAGUCUUGAAACGCGAUCUUCAGCUUUGCCAAGCCAUAAAAAAUUUUCCGGUGGUGGAUUUACUAUGCUCGUUGCACCGUCACAAAAAUAUUAGGCAACGUUUACCUUGAUAAAAUAAAAAUAUAAAUAUACAUUGAGGAAAUGUACACCGUGAAUAGUGGAACAAUUGCAUAAGAAUUAUUCUUCAAUAUUUAAAUGAAGAAAAAUACAUUUAACAUUGAAUUUAAAAAUACUGCUGUCUAAUAAA